GUGAGAUUCAUCAGAGAAGUGUACCACAGUACUGAUCCAAAGGCUUUCUUCAGUGAAGUAAGAUGUCCAGGACAGCUACAAUUGAUACCCAAAAAGCCUGUCCAGAUCAGUACAGUGAAUGCAGGAACUAAACAGAAGCCUUCAAUCAGGUAAGAGUAUAUGGGUUUUAAAAUACACUGAGUAUCUGGAGAAUAUCAAGUUUGGAAAUCACACUGUUUUCCUCUGUGUAAGUCAAUUUCACCAUCUUUAUUCCUUCUUUGUUCACAAGCUGAAUAAUGAUUUGUAGAGCACACAAUUUUGAAAUUACUGAUUAUACCCUGAUGCAGUGUGAAAUCCUGUUAAGAAUCCGUGGCUAGAGAGGUGGUUCAGUAGAGAAAGUGCUUGCCAUGCAUGUGUGAGACUGGGAGUUUGGAUGCCCAGAAGUCACAUGAGGCCUGAUGGUCUCAUGUGCAUCUGCAAUCUUGAGGAGCUUAGAGUGAGUUGGGAGGGAGACAGAAUCCCCCAAAGUUGACUCAAUAAUUAUUUGGGGGUGUGCAUUCAUGAACAAGAGACACAGCAACAAAAACAAGGUUGAAGGUGAGGGCUGACCUUCCCCCCGAGUGUGUACUCUGCCAUACUUUGCACCCUGGCAUGCAUGUAUGUACCUGAAAUCACACAUGCAUGCAAGUGCACUGCCCAUAACAUGCCAUGCACAUGUAUUGAAAAUAUCAGUUUCAGGUCAUUAAUUCAGAUCACUAGUAUGUUUGGGCCAAGUUAUCUGUUGGCAAGCAUGUGAGUAACAAGGCAGGGUUCAAGACUCUCCCAGGCAUUGCUGAAGAUCCCUUCAGAAUGGCCUUAUGGACGUGUUCUGCACAGAGAUAAACAGCCCUCAAUGAGUUCCACAACGGUGCUGAAAACCAAGGUCGGUGGAAGGUAGGAGAAUGAAGCGGUUUUCCCCAAUAUUACCAACAUCAAGCCCUGAAGUCUGGAGUUCUGAGGUGUAGUUUGGAUAAAGUGGUGCUGAGGGGACAGCGUUGCUCCCCAGUGUGCUAUAAAGACUCAGCAUUACAGAAUCGCUUGUUGAGCAUAAAAGUAGCCAGUUGAGAGUUUCAUCAUAUGCUUGUGAAUAGACUCUCAAAAAGCAGCUUCAAAGCACCAAAAAUGUGGUGGCUUCUGAGAGCACUGGCACUCAGUGCUCAGAGGUAUGGAUCAGUUUCAUGUUCUACCCACCAACCUCCUGGGACAGAGCAUGAGACUCAGUGAAAUACCUAAACAGUUUCCUGAUAGUGAAGGGACCAUGGUGCUCUAUGGCAUGGGAAAGGAAUUAAACAGGAGCAUUAAGUGCAUUGAGCACAUAAACAAAGGCAGCAGUUACUGCAGCCAUCGGCACAAGGUGUGUGGAAGAACCCCGACCCUCCUGUGUGUGGUCAUUCAUUUCUGCUUUCAUGUUGAGUUCCACGCACUAAUUUGGCUUUGUUGUAUUCUUGUUUCUCUGAGGCACAAAGAUACAUCAGAUUUAAGUUAUUUGAGAUCGUUCUGACUGUUUUUAAUAUAUGUAGUUAUAGCCAUUGAUUUCUUUCUGAGUAUGUCUUUCAUUGUAUACCAAAAAUCUAGCAUGGACUAUUUUAAUAUUCAUUCAAUUUUAGAGAAUUUAAAAUUUCUUCUUAAGGCCUAUGAUGGAUAAUUCUUUGUUCAAACAGAGAGAAAUCUGAGUUAAAUGCCAGAGAUUUGCCAAAGGCUUUAAACUCAGAACUCAGGAGGCAGAACUCAGGCAUAUCUCUGUGAGUUCGAGGCUUACAUGGUCCACAUACUAGGUUUCAGGUCAGUUGGGCUACAUAGUGAGAUCCUAUAUCAGAUAGGGACUCAAAAGCAAAGCAUUUAGAGCAUUUGCUAAGUGUCUUUCACACUAACAGUACAAUAAUGAUCACUUUUAACAUAUGUCACAGCAAAGGAACAUCUGCCAAAGAGCCAGAGCAGAGAAACAAAAAGCAUGUGAGGUUCAACAGAGUGAAGUAAGAUGUCCAGGACAGCUACAAUCGAUACUUAAAAAGCCUGUCCAGAUCAGAACAGAAGUGGGUAACAAUAUCAAACAGAAGUCUUUAUCCAGGCUCUCUGACAAACCUGAUCCUGAUGUCCCUGGGACUACAAUAGAAGACAAUGACAGUACCUCUGUUAUUAAGAAAGUAACUCAAGACCAAGAAAAAACUAAAUGUGACAGUGAAUAUAAAAGUGUCCGUCUUCAGCCUCCCUCUGAGGACUCAAAUGAAGAAAAAUGGGUGCGGCUAGUUGCAACACAGUAUUCAUUUCUUAACCAGUACCUCAGGGAAAGAUUAAAGGAGAAGAUGAAAGAAGGUAUUGAAAACUCUGAAUCUGAUACAUCUGAUGAAGAACAACUACCUAGUAUCUCUGGAGGAAGAACACACUCAAUGCAGAAAAUGUCCUCAAAACAAGAAUACACAUCCACACAAUCAGAACAUUUCUCUGCAAAAAGGAGUGAGGAGGAGAUAUGGGCCCAGAUGAGUGCACACCAAUAUGCAUGUCUUAACGAACUUCUCAGGAAAGAUUUCAAGAAGAAAAUGCGUAAAAUGUAUGAAAAGUCUGAAAGUAACAUCUGUUCUAACAGAGUGCCAAUUCCCUGUAAGCCCAAAGAGAAAGCAUACUUAAAGAAAAUGACUGAAGGAAAGAAGAAACGUGAUGGAAAAGAUGCACAUGUUCAUUCAAGACUUCCUUUGGUCAGGAGGAAAGAGGACGUGAAGGAGCAAGCUGAUUGGCACCACACACAACUGAAUGAACUCCUCAGAAAUGAUAUAAAGGAAUUAAUGAAGGAGCAAUUGGCUACAGGGCAUGCAAGGAUGAGGAAACUCCUCAGAAAGGAUCUAGAGGAAAUUAGGGGACUACUCAAGAAGGAAUUAAGACAAAUAUUUAUGGAGAAGAUGGCCCUGCUGCAAGAGCAGAUCAAGGAGACACAGCAGGAGCACUGGAAUCUGCAGUACCUGCAGCUGAAGGAACUCUUUAGAAGGGACUUAAAAGAGAUGGUUCGGCAACAGGUUAAAAGUUCCAAAAUUAUCAUUUGUCCUAAAGAAGAGCCACUACCUGGUGCUUCUAAGGGAACUGCAGACUUCCAGAGAACAUCUCUGGAACAAAUAAAAAAGAAAAAACAUGAAGGUGACCAUGACAGUGCCCCUUCACAUUCAGAAAAGCCCUUGGUGCAAACUGAAGAGGAAGCCACUGAUGGGCAGAGUGAUUCCUGCUGUAUGCCUCUAAAUGAACUCAUCAAAGAAGAUUUAAAAGAAGCACUUUUUGAAAUACUUGAAAAAUAUAAAUGUGAUACAUGUAUGAAGAAAGAACUACCUCAUAUCCUUAAAGGAAGAAAACAACUAAUGGAAAUAUCUACAGAACAAGAACUAAGGAAGAAAUAUGACAGUAAGUCCUUAUAUUCAGAAUACCCUGCUACCAAGACAGUGAAGGAAAUGGAGCAUGAGUACAGUGAAUUGCAGUACCUGCAUCUUAAGGAACUCAUUAAAAAAGAUUUAAAGGUGAAAAUUUGUGAUGUGCUUGGAAAAUACGAAAAUGUUUGCCCCGAGGAAGAAGGACUGCCUCAUGUCUCUAAGGAGAAAACAAGAUUAAAGAAAAUCACUGAAGAACAAGAAAUGGAGAAGUGCAAUGUUGAAUGUGCAUCCUUAUGGUCAUGGCCUUCUGUGAAAACAGAUUAGGUGACAGUAGACCAGCAGAGUGCACUACAGUACAAACACCUCAAAAAAUACAUCAGAGAAAACAUAAAGAAGAUGGUUUAUGAACAACUUGAAAAUGCUGAACUUAUUAUUCAUCCUAAGGAAGAGCCUGCACCUGAUGACUCUAGAAGAGAAAUAUCCACAAAGGUUAAAGAAAAGAAGCCAGGGUAUCUGCUUGUGCCCCGUUUGAACUCUUUUGAGCACAGAAUUGCUGCACUGCGGGCUACCGCACACGUUGAACCAGCUCCUGCUGCCUGCCCUGGUGAUGCGGGUGACGCGGGUGACAUGGACAAGGCGUUCACGGCUGAACGGGCCCGUCCAGUUGCUUUGGCUCUCAGCACUGAGCACCAAAGAUGGCAACCGCACACUGACCCUGAGCUUGCUCCUGGUCACCGCGCUGGCGACACCAGGGACCCUCCUCACAAUGCUGACCUGGCUCUUGACAAGCUCAGUAUUGAUCCAGAGUCUGCUCCUCUUUGUGGUCCCAGUGACACUAAGGAUCCUGCUAAGGAUGCUGACCUAGCUUUUCACACUGCACAUCCAACUGGCCACUUCAGACCAAGCAUGAACACCAACAACAGGCCUGUCCUUCCUGUUGUUUAUGUCUGAUGACAUGGGGGAUACACCAGAUUCUACAAGGGUAGUCUGGAGAUCUUACCAAGAAGCUUCCAGUAAAAAGAAUGAGGGCCAGGUUGGCGCUGCAGUUGAUUGACAGUCCUCUGAAGCAGUCAAAUUGAUAUCUAUAUUAGCAAGAAUUUUAAAACAUACAGAAAUUCAAAAGAAAUUCUCUGAAAGAGGACAUUCUAUUUAUUGAACUCUGUACACAAGUUGUUGUUAAUUUUCAAUUAAAAUACACUAUGUAAAAAAUUU